CUGCGUCUGCACACUUCUAAAAUCCACUCUCCGCCAGUACUCUUUGCUUUGUCAAAACCUGGUCUGAUCACUAGCUCGCUCGGUCGCUCGACUUUAUAAGGAACCAGAAUUCAGCUUUUUGUGAGACUACAAGAAGUAUUUUGGAGGUUGAUUCUUCAUUUUGGACAUUAUUAUAUCACCGACCGAAAAGCUUUAGUUAUGAGUCGACGCUGGCGUCAGCAAGAGAAUGUGAUUGGGGAGAUAAGCUUAAUUGGGAGUGAACGCGAGUGGCAGCAAGAGAAUGGGAAUAUUUCGGACAUUGAGAAGCAAUUUGGUGGCCAGGAUGAUGGAGUUGAUUGGAUUAACAAAAUUCUUGACCCAAAGGGAGCUUUCAUGUUUAAGUGGCAUGCAAUGUUUCUUUUGUCGUAUGUGAUUACAGUACUAUGUGUGGACCCUUUGUUCUUGUACCUUCCUAUGAUCAACCAAAAUUCCAAGUGUCUUACGUUAGAUAAAAAAUUAAUGGUCGCAGCUCUUUUUUUUCGAUCGGUCUUCGAUAUGAUUUAUGUUGGAAAUAUCAUUUUGGGACACUUUAGUAGUAGACAGGGACGAACUGGGAUAGUUGAUCCAUAUCAUCAGCAGCCUCGACAAAUAAUAAAGAGGUAUUUGAGGUCGUACUUCGCAAUUGACAUCCUCGCUAUUCUUCCAAUCCCACAGGUUUUGGUUCCAAUUAUUUUCUUAAAAGUGACAAAAUCGAGAUUUUUGAACCUAAGGAAGCUCCUAAACCUCCUUCUUUUCUUGCAAUAUGUGCCAAGAGUUCUUCGAAUCUACCUAUCAUGGAGGAAACAUAUGAAAACAUUGAAAAGUUCCAAAUUCGCUAGAAGCGUAUGGAUUAAAGUUGCAUUCAAUGUUUUUCUAUAUAUCCUUGCCAGCAAUGUACUUGGUGCCCUUUGGUACUUUUUCUCUAUCCAACGAGAGACGGCUUGUUGGGACGUAGCCUAUAAAAAUCAUAAUAGAGCUAUCCCAAGUUCUUUUGAAUGUGGUCAUUUAGGAGAUGAUCACAUAUUUAUAUUACUUGAUGCUUGCUCUAUACAAACACCAAAUACAACGCUCUUUGAUUUUGGAAUAUUCUUAGAAGCCAUUAAAUCUGGUGCUGUGUCAUCCACAAAUAUUUCACAAAAGAUCAUGUACUGUUUCUGGUGGGGCCUCCGAAAUUUGAGUUCUCUUGGUCAAAACCUUCAAACAAGUACUUAUUUCUGGGAAAACUGCUUCGCAGUUUUUAUUUUGAUCUAUGGUUUGCUACUGGUUUUGUACUUCAUCGGUAAUGCGCAGGCAUACAUGCAGAUGGCAGCUGAGAAGGCAGCUAAGAAGGCAGCUGAGAAGUUGGAGGAGAUCGAGGCUAAGAAGUUGGAGGAGAUCGAACGGAAAAUGGGACUUAUAAAAACAAAAAUAGAGUCUUGGAUGGGUACAAACCAGCUCCCUGACAAUAUGAAAGAGCCUAUCAUCACCUGCAUACGACACAGAUUAGAAGAAAAUAAAGAUUUUGAUAUGAAGAAACCAAUCUCUUAUAUUUCCAAAGAUCUUAUGACAAAGAUAAGGCACCAUCUUUGUUUACCCUUGCUAAAAAAUGUUCCAAGUCUUGAAAAUCAUGAUGAAAAUCUGGCGGAACAGAUUUGCGAAUCCUUCAAGCCAAAGUACUACAAUGAAGACAGCUACAUUAUCCGGGAGGGAGAACCACUUAUGAUGCUUAUCAUAACGCAAGGCAGUGCAUGUUGCUUCAAAUCCAGUAAUGGUGAGAAUAGUAAGGGAAUCGACUCAGACACUCAGUAUAUUGAAAAAGGUGAUCUCUACGGAGAAGAACUUUUAGAGUGGGGGUUCAACUGCAGCUCCUCACGCAAAAAAUGGAUCCCAGCCUCCAACAAAACUAUCAAAACCCACUCAAAAGUUGAAGCUUUUGCUUUAACGGCCAAAGACUUGAAACAUCUAGUUGCCAUGCAUAGUACCCGAGCAGCUUCCGUUGCAAAAGGAUUUGCACAAGAACUAGCUUUCCGGCACCUUACCGUCGACCUUACGGAAGAGAAGAACAAAAAUUCUCCCAUAAUGGAAAAUCCAAGACCAUAUUGCCGCAGCCAGAGUUUGAAGUUGCCACAGGCCCACAGGCCACAGCCACACACUGUUCAAAAGUAAUAGUUUGUUCUGAUGGUCUUUGUUUUAAGUUGUAUACUACACUGGUUUGCCCGUGAUCGAUGGAUCGAGUAUGCUUGUUGUUUGAAUUAUGAAUGUGGUACGGUGGAGGUAGAAUUAGGAAAUGAACAACUUUUUAAUUUAUAAAACUGUCAAAUUGCAACAGAUUGUUAUUUGUUGAAUGUAUGUCAGAUGUAUGUCGUCUUUAGUUUUUCAAUAUUGUAUCUCGUCCUCGAUCUAUAAUAAGAGUCGCCACUAAUUUCAA